CUGGGGAGAAGGAUGGCCCCCAGCCCGCAGUCGGCUGCUGGUGCUGCGCCCGGUCUCAACCCCCGUUGCCCUGCCUUCCUCUCCGGCCGGCGCUUGCUAGAGGGUCUGCACGGGCCCCAACAAGAGAUGCGGAGGAGGAGGAGGAGGAGGGACCCCAGCUGGUGGGAUCUUGACCCCCAGCCAAGCUAGCAGCGCUAGAAUUGCUUGCAGGCCAGCGCGGUCCGCAGGUGGAGGCGCGGAUUGCAGCUUCGGAGACCCAGCCCAGCUCUCCCUAACCCAGAGGCCCAUCUGGCCCAAGACCUGAAGGCUGGCUUGAUGCUGUCCCUCUGAGGGCCUCUGUGGAGCAAGAUGGUGCUGGACUCGGGGCCUCCGUCCUAUCGGCGGCGGCGGCAGCAGCAGCGGCAGCAGCACCCCCCGGAUGUGUUUGGGCCCAGCCUGCCGCAGAAGAGGGGCGGGAAGGAGGGCGCUCCCUGCCACGGGCUGCAGCUCUACCCCUUCCUGUCUCCAUCCCUCUCCCUGGAGUCCGACUCGAGUUCCAGCCCAGGGCAGCGGGUCCAGACGCCCCCCAAGGCCAAGGGCCCCCAGGACUCCAGGCCUCCUGUGGCCCUCUGCCCGGCCUUCCAGGGCCCCUGUGGCUGGAUGCGCCGGAGUGAGAGCAUCUGUGCAGUGAACCGGAGAGACCGGGCACGGGGCCAGAUCCGCAGCGCCACCUCCCUACCUCACAUCGCCAAAGCCAAGGCUGAGGGGGCUGGCAGUGGCCGGAAGAGCCCGUGUUUGCUGGUGGCCCUGCGGCCAGUGAAUGUGGAAGAGGAGAGGGAGAAAUUCUUCCAGGCCCCUUACGCCUACAACCCCCAGUUUGAGUAUGGGGAGCCUGUCCCUGAAACGGUCUUGGAAAAAUACAAGGAUGCCUCAGACCAAUUUAUUUAUCAGGCUAUCGGAAUCAUGAAUGCUGUCCUGGAGAAAUAUGGCACUUACGAGAACUUUGAAGCCACCAACGGUGGGAAACUGCUCAGCAAAUGCCAGAUCUGGUCUAUCAUCCGGAAAUACAUGCAAAAGGAGAGGUGCUCUGGAGAGGUGGUGGUUCAGCUGACGGAGGAUCUGCUCUCCCAGGCGGUGAUGAUGGUGGAGAACAGCCGCCCCACUCUGGCCAUCAACCUCUCUGGUGCCCGUCAGUUCUGGCUGGAGGGCAUGCUGCGCCACGAAAUAGGCACCCACUACCUCCGCGGCGUGAACAACGCCCACCAGCCCUGGCACAGCCCGGAAGGCCGCAAGCAGCAUGGCCUGAGCCCCGUGAACCCCACCGAGGAAGGCCUGGCCAGCCUGCACAGCGUCCUCUUCCGCAAGCAGCCCUUCCUGUGGAGGGCCGCCCUGCUCUACUACACCGUCGUCCAGGCCAGCGGCAUGUCCUUCUGCGAGCUCUUCCACGACCUGGAGCGCUACGUGAAGGAUGCCGGCGUGCGGUGGGAGUACUGCGUCCGGGCCAAGCGGGGCCAGGUGGACACCUCCCGGCCAGGAUGUUUCAGCAAAGAUCAAGUGUACCUGGACGGGAUUCUCCGGAUCCUGCGGCAUCGGCAGACCAUAGACUUCCCGCUGCUGGUUGCACUAGGGAAGGUAACGCCGCGGUCUCCUAUGAAGACAUGGAUCACCUCAAAGAGUUUGGGGUGCUGCAGAAAGCCCGGAUCCCCCACUUCAUGCUGGACCUGGAGCGGUAUAUGCAGCAGCUCAACCACAUUGUGGCCACCAACCGCCUCACGGACAAGGAGCUGGAGCUGCUGUUGCCAGACUGAGCCCAGGAGCUGCAGCGCGGAGGCUGCGACUCCCAAGGAAGAUUGUCAGUGGGACUGAAAACAGCUGAGCAGCUCACACAGCCCCCUAUUUAUUCUGUAUUUAUUGGGUGUGUCUGGUUGGGUGGGGCGUGGAAGACGGCCUGCCUGGAGCCUUCCCAAGAGGCCGGCCUGUGGGAUGCCCCUGGGAGUGCCCCAGACAGGGAGCAGCCUUGUCACAGCCCCAGUCAGGUCACGCCGUGUCUUACAUGCAGAGCAUCCACAGCCCUGUGAGCCCUUUGGCCCGCUGUGAGCAGUGCUUGGUGUGGGCAGUGGUAGUGUGGUAGUCGGCAUUGUGGCUUGCUGUGCUAGCUUAAGCUGUGUGUGUCUGUGUGUUGCCAGGAUGAGAACAGUUCCUCCGAGUGCAGAGAGAGGUCUUCAGGCAGGUGCCCAACCGGCAAGGAGGUGGUGAGGUAGGGAAGGCAGCAGUUCAGGCAAGGUGUAGAGAGGGCUCCAGCCAGGGAAGGGGUCUGCCAGGCAUGCUGCAGAGCAACACCCCGCAUGGGCCGCAGGAGGACGGGGGAGUGGGACGGCCCCUGCUGGUGCUCCAGAGCAGGGCUGGCCGGCUGCUGUGGAACUGCAAUGCUGGGCCAGCUGGGAGGAAUCACGCAGCAGCAGCUGGAGGGCCCAGGUGGCCCAGCCCGGCUCCAGAGGGCUGCCCACUCCCCCCGCCCACCAUCUGGCCAGUCAGCAAACGGGGCUGGCCAGUGUCGCUACCUCAUCCUUUUGUGCUGCUGCCGCCGCCUGUGCUCUCACACUGUCUGCCAAGAAUGAUUUGUCCUUCUGUGCUCCUUUUGUGUAAACGCAGGACUUGAAUCCUGUUGUUAAUAAAGACACUCCUCCGCU